UUAAUCCUGUAAUGAAAGUUAAAAAGACAAAAGCUAUGAGACACCUUGGAGAUAUAUGAGUGAAAGUUAUAUAUAUUAAGGAACUUUGUUGGACAACACAAGUAACGGUGUUUGGAAAUGUAUCUUACUUUUUUACGAACUGUAACGGAACAGGAAAAUAGUCAUAUCUAGCAUUCUGUCAUUUAAAAAAUAAUCUGUUAAGGACCACUCUGAUUCUACACAAAAGUACUCCGGAGUUGAUAUAAAAAAUGCUGGAGUUCCUCAGUGACAACAUUUACGUAGAUGUUCGUGAUCAAGUCUGUUGAAAUUGUGCUCUAUUAUUAGCUGACCUGGUUUUUAUUCUUAUCAGGCAGAAAUAUUCAAAAGCUUGUACAUGAAGAGAAAAAACACUCUUCUUGUGGUCUUCAACUCCACAUUUAGAUACAUCGACGACGUUUUAUAUAUUAACUAUACUCAUUUUUAUUCAUAUGUUGAUUCAAUAUGUCCCAAUGAACUCGAAAUAGAAGACACCCCAGAGUAUUCCAUAUCUGCUUCUUAUUUGUAUAUUCUUAUUGAACAUAGUUAUCAAUGACAAACUAACAAUAGAACUUUAUGACAAAUGGGAUGACUAGCUUCUCAAUCAUCAGCUUCCCAUAUUGAUAUAGUAAUAUUCCAUUAUCACCUGUAUGAAAGGCGAAGAUAACAAACAGCGAUCAAUCUCAUAACUCCUAUAAGCAAUACAAAAUAGAGAGUUGGGUAAACACGGACCCCUGGAUAUACCAGAGGUGGGAUCAGGGGCCUAGGAGGAGUAAGCAUCCCCUGUCGACUGGUCACACCCGUGUUAGCCCUAUAAAUUGAUCAGGUAAAAGGAGUUAUCCGUAGUCAAAAUCAGUUUGCCAAGAACGGCCUAACAAUCGGUAUAAAACACGUCAGACAGCAUUUGACUCUAUGCUAGGUUUUAUUGGCAAACUAUAUCGUUAUAAUGACAAUAGAAUUUGCGAAAUACUGAUUUUAAACGAGACUGUUGGAUUUCCUGCAUCAUCAACUUGUUUGUCAGUAGCCUGCUUCGAUUUAAAAACUGACCAUACGCAGAACAAGCUCUUGCGUAUUGAAUCGGUUGAGAGAUGUAAACACCAUAUGCAGGUGAUAAAGGAAUAGUGUUACAUAAAUAUGGGAAGUUGACGAUCAAGAAGUUAAAAUAAUCCCGUUUGUCACAAAGUUGAGUUGUUAGUUUGCCGUUAAUAUCUACUUUCAAUAAAAUAUCUAAGUAUGAAGCAGAAGUGGACGACUUUGUGGUGUCUUUUAUUUCGAGUUCACUGGGAAAUAUUGAAUCCACAUGUGAAUGAAAGUUAUUAUUAUACCUCAUAUAAAGAAUCACUAGCAAAACAGAAUCUGAUUGGCCGAGAAGGUCACGUGACCAUCGUGUUUGCCCUGCAACAAAGCGUCGUGUUCCACCCCUUCGGAUAUCUCUUGUUUCACUUUCGUGUCCAGUUAAAUGAACAAACCCGAGUGUUUCGAAUGACACAGACGACAACAAACAUGGCAGGUUUCAUCAGCCUGGUAGUGAUGAUUUCGCUUUAUCAUUGAACGAAAAGGUCGCUGUUAACACAAAAAAGGCAACGAAAGUAGCAGUUAAAUGUUUCGUGACUAUUUGGCGGAGUUAUCGGAUUUGACAGCGAAUUUUGAGGAUUUACCAGUAAAAGAUUUAAGCAAAGCAUUGAAAUAUUUUUUACGUUGGUGGCAGGAAAACAUCAGGGGAAUUAUUCAAGAAAAGUGCAUUACAGAACAUUCGUUAUGGGUUAAAACGUUUUCUGAAAGAGAAAAGAAACAUUGACAUCGUGAAAGACUCAGAAUUUCAUGAAAGUAACGAAAUUUUUAAAGCAGUUUCUACAGGUCUGAAGAGGAAAGGACUUGGAGGAACUAACCAUCACCCUCUAGAAAUUGUACAGCGGGGACACACCGGUAUUUGAUCUAAACACUCCCUAUGGUUUACAGAGAAAGAUUUGGUUUGAAAUAACUCUUUACCUAUGCAGAGGAGGGAGAGAAAAUUUGAGAUCAAUGACAAUAGACACAUUCAAGAUUGCUAGAGAUGAUGUUGGCAGAGAGUAUGUUUAUCAGUUUGUUGAUGAGUUGGAUAAAAAUCACAGAGCUGAUGCUGCAGGGAGUGUAACAGAUGGUCGGAUGGUCGAGUUACCAGGAAGAACAAGAACUGUCCUGUGCUGUCAUUCAAAAGGGGAAAAUUCACUGGCCAGCUUUAUGUCCGACAUUUCCAAUGUGGGAAAACUGUCUCAGGCUUAUAAGAACCAUUAUGUACGUGCUACAAGUAUCAAAGUGUUGGAUGUCGCUGGAAUCAGUGUCCGACACGUUAUGAAAGUUUCCGAUCAUAAAUCAGAGACCUCACUUAAGCCUUACUCCCAUUUCAUCAGUGAUGACAAGAAGAGGGAAAUUUCAGAAACAUUAAGUGCAGCUCUUGGACACCAACAAAAAACAAAUGAAAAUGUGGUUCCUGAAACUGUUACAGAAAAUCGUAGUGAUUUAACCAGUGUUUUCGCAGAUGACUUUGAACUUGACCUUCUUGAUAGUUUUCAAGCAAACGAACUUCCAAAUGUUCUCUGUGAUCUUAAUGAUAAUAAACCAGUUUCUCAAAAUCAGAUAUAUGUUGCUGGGGGUGGAACUGGAUGGCUGAACUUCAGGUCAAAUUUCUCUGGAAAUUGUUGUGUUCAAAUCAAUAUUAAUUAUCAAAAGUAAUGAACUUCUUCAAUGAUAUCUCUGAUUUAACAUUACCGGUUAAAUUUCACUACUGUAUUUCAUUAAUUGUUAUAAGAUUGAAAAUUGUUAAUAUUUUUCUUAUCUGUGAUACAAUGCAUAUCAAAUGUUUAUAUGAAUCAUAGGAUAUUGCUCAAAUAAACCCAUACUUUUUGUAUGUUAACUGAAUAAAUUUGUUAAACUUGA